AUGUGCGAUCUGCGCUCAGGCAAUCAUGCAGUCACAGCCGGUGUCAGUGAUAUUGCUCUAGCUGUCAGGGACAAGCUUAGAGGUAAAAUUGAGCAAACUAAAGUUAAAAGGUAUUGGCCUGGCAAAGCACCCAAGUGGGCUGAUGAUGCUGAUGAAGAUGGGGAUAUCAAAAUGGCUAGGGCAGAUGCCCUGGAGAAAGCUUUUCCUACUCAGGAAGAUUCAGAUUUUGCUAGGAAAGAUGAUCCUAGACUGCGUCUUCUGGCUGAGAGCAGGAUUGAUAACCGUGACGAAGUGAGAGCUGAUCACCGGCGCAUCCGGCAAGCUGAGAUUAUUGCAACAGAAGAGGAGGAAACCCGGAGACAAGAAUGGGCAGAUAUGGAGGAAGAGAAUGAGGAAGCCUUGGAGGAAAGAAGAAGAAGAAUUAAGGAGAAGUCACGUCUGAGAGAGCAAGAAGAUGCUGCACUUCCUGCUGAAGAAGAGGAGGAAGAAGCGGAAGAAGAGGAGGAAGAGGAAUCUGAAUAUGAAACUGACUCUGAAGAAGAAACAAUGGGUUUGGCCAUGGUCAAGCCAAUCUUUGUGCCAAAGUCUGAGAGAGAAACCAUAGCUGAGCGUGAGCGGCUUGAGGCUGAAGAACGAGCUAUUGAGGAAAAGGAAAGGAGGAAAUUGGAGGAAAGGAAGGUGGAGACAAAGCAAAUAUUGGUUGAGGAGAUUCAGAAGGAGGAACUAAUUCAGAAGAAUUUGGAAAUGGAGGCAAAUAUUGCCGAUGUGGACACCGAUGAUGAAGUCAAUGAGGCAGAGGAGUAUGAGGCUUGGAAGGUGAGAGAGAUUGCAAGGAUCAAAAGGGAUAGAGAUGAUCGUGAGGCAAUGUUGAAGGAGAAGGAAGAGAUUGAGAAGGUGAGAAACAUGACAGAUGAAGAGAGGAGGGAGUGGGAGAGGAAAAAUCCGAAACCUGCCCCACCAUCAAAGCAGAAGUGGAGGUUCAUGCAGAAAUACUACCAUAAGGGUGCUUUCUUCCAGAAUGAGGCUGAUGAUACUGCUGCCACUACUGGAACAGAUUCAAUUUACAAGCGUGAUUUCUCUGCCCCAACUGGAGAAGAUAAGAUGGACAAAUCCAUAUUACCUAAGGUUAUGCAAGUCAAACACUUCGGCCGUAGUGGAAGAACCAAAUGGACGCAUCUUGUCAAUGAGGAUACAACUGAUUGGAACAACCCCAGUUUCUGGAGGUUGCCUGCAAAAGUUUGGGUAAAAUAAGCCGCUUUGCGGCUGGUACCAGGGCAGGAUUUGCUGUGUCUUUGAUAAACAGGAAGUUAGAAGCUGGAGCCGCUCUUGUUUCGCAUAUUGAAGCAGUUAAAAGAUGGGGAGGAACCCAUAAGUUUUGGGCCUGAUGCGAUUCUUGUGGAUUAUAGCAAUGGCUGGAAGCUGCAAACUGUUACUGAGUUGGAUUUUGGUGGUGUUAGAAAAGCAGAAAGCAUUCAGCUGAUUCCAACACAAGCCCCUAAUUUGAUUUUCGAUGGCAGACGUCCAGCAAAGAUAGUUCCUAAAUCAGGAGUCAGUUUUUUGUACAUUGCAAAGAUAUUACUUGCCUUUGUUUUGAUUUUUGUACUUGGUGCAAUUUUUACAGUGGCCCUGGAGAAUCUUCCAAGAUUGAUACUGUUAAUUAACUCGUAUACUAAUUGAUAUUCCUGAACGUAUAUAUAUGGAAAUGGGAUAUAUCAUUUUGAAGAUUA